AUGUCUGCAGAGCAAGUAAACCUGAGCUUAAAAACACUGAUGAGUAGCCUUACAAGAGAAUUAUCCAGUUCUAAUACAAAAAGAAAAAGCAAAUUAUCUGAAAUUGCUGAAUUCUUUAUUGGGUUUAGAAAGCGGCAAUAUGUUCAGAUGGAAGAUAAGACAAUUUGGCAGUCCCUAGAGUUUGAGAAGGGUGAAGUUGAAGAAACAUGCGUAUGUCCCGAGGGCCAACAAAUAUCUUCUGAGGAGUUUGAUGAAACACAAAGUGCUUUGAACUGGCUGUACAAUUAUACAGUUGGUUCUACACCUGACCCUUUGGACAUCAUGUGGGUUGGGUUGAAACGAACUUAUGGAUGCUCAGAUAUUUCAGUCAAAAGUAUUAUCAAUAAUGCUAAAAAGAAAAACCAAGAGUAUGAGUGCGAAGCUGUUGAAGCCUCAGUAGAUAGCAUACAGCGGAAAGCAGCAGCUGUGAGGGAAAACUCCUCUCUGCUGGAGUUAAAAUUGCGACAACUCUGCAGACGUAUCAAAGAGGACACCAUGAAGAAACACAAAAAGAUUAAAGUCGAUCUGAGCAAGAGACUCAGAAAGCGGAGUCUUACUGAUGAGAUUGGGUCAUCAAGCUAUCACAACCCCAAUGAGAGUUUAUGCCAGACACUUGAAUACGUGGUUGCCACUAUGUCUGACCUGGAGGUGAUGAUGACAGACAUUAUAAACACCAUUGAGGAGGACCCCAAUACUGACAGAAUGCCUGAGAAGGAUCCCAUGACAUCCAGGAAAGAUUCUGAAACUCGAAACAUGCCACACAAGCCCAAAUCUUUAUCAUCUGUGUUGGAGGAAGUCAGGAAGACUCUGGUGGAUUUUAACUCGGAAUAUCAUGAAGAUGUUGCCCUGACAGAAGAAGUGUCCAAGCAGACGGACAAAAUCAAAGAGAAGAUGAGCUGUUUAUUGAACCAGUGGGAGGUCAGUCAAGAGCAAGAGUCCAGUUUGCAUAAAAUGCUUGGAGACUUCAGAAAUGAAACAAACGACAUUUCUAUCAGCAUGAAUGAAUCUUCUGAUGCUAUAUCCAAAAUUGCAUCGGACACCAAUGAUCUCACGGGAAUUCAAUCACUUUUAGAAGCUAUUUUGGUUGAACUACACAGAGCCAAUGACCUGAGUCAGAAAAGUAGUUACUUACUGACCAAGCCACAGAGUGGAAAUGUCCUUGAAUGCUGCUUCAGUGCAGAGGCGGUGCAGCAGGUUCUGAAAAAGUCAACAUCCUCGAUAGCAGAGGAAAUUCAUCGCAUGGAGGACAGUACCUAUAAGGAAGUGAAGACCUGGAGGCAAAAAGUUGAGGACUUGCGUCACCAGCUGCACCAGGAACAUUUUCGUUGCUGCAGCAUGGAAUAUGAAACUCGUCUCAUCAGAGAUGAAAUCAUGCAGUUACAGACGCAUCUGUUCUGUGAACAGUCAUCUGAAAGUUUUAAAAAGUCCAACACCGAGGACAUCUUCCGUAAAAUUUGUGAAAUAUGUGAUCGCGUCCAAGAACUCAGCCAGGGGACUAGUCAUCCUUUACAAGAUAAAAAAAGCAGCUUCACCGUGUCCUCAGUGCAGAGGAGCUGACUGCUGAAACCUUGAGUGAUAAAUAAGCCCACUGGAAAUAAACCUCAACAAGGAAAUCUAGGAUUUCUGUCUCCAUCCUGCAGAUUGAAGCCUGCUUGUGUAAAAUCUACUGGACGGCAUUGAAGUAUCAUUGCUCUUUAUAGUUUAAUUUCCAAGGUCAGAUAAUUACCUGCAAUAAAUUCUGUCAUAGAUAA